AUGACAACUCAAUCCUCCGAUGCAACGCCUCCACCUGGUCGUCUCCACGGCGGGCUCAGACCUCACGAACAUUUCUGGCGAGAUCGCCAGGUUUGGCUCGAGGAACACGGCUAUAUGCUUCGGCCGCGAUACAAGCCUGACUGGCAACCAUCCUGGCUUGGAACCAGCAAAUCGUUAUUAUCAUGUGAGGACGGCCUGGCCAUCAUUACCGGCGGUGUUCUGGAUGCCACGAGGAUAUCGGACGGCGCGAUGGUUAUGCUCAAGAAAGUGGACACCGAUAUACACCCCUACGAAGUGGAUCUCGGACACUUUUUGUCGUCUGAAACUAUGACAUCAGACCCGCGCAAUCGUUGUGUUCGCACGUUGGAUGUCCUUCCUGACCCUGUGGAGGGUAAUAUUAAGAUCAUUGUCUUACCCCUCCUCCGACAAUUCGAUGAUCCAGACUUUGCCACCGUCGGCGAGGCAGUCGCAUGUCUACAGCAGGUGAUAGAGGGACUGCAAUUCAUGCAUGAGCAACACGUUGCCCAUCGUGACAUAUCAAUCCUUAAUGUCAUGAUGGACGGUACGCCAAUGUAUCCAGACAUGUGGCAUCCCAGAGUGUCUAUCAUGAAACGUGAUUACUCUGGGCGCGUGAAACACUACGCCCGAACUGAGCGACCACCGAAAUACUAUCACAUCGACUUUGGCCUCUCUCGCAAGUACGAUCCCGACAACGGACCCCCCCGCGAGCUGCCUAUUUUCGGUGGAGACAAGAACGUACCGGAGUUUCAGGGUGACGGUUACGACAAGCCAGCAGAUCCAUUCCGUACGGAUAUCUACUACUUAGGCAGCUUCAUUCGGGAGGGUUUUCUGGAGGUGAGUGUCUCGCCGUGCUUCAGCGCUCAGCACGCUCACGUCUGUGCCCUGCAGCCAUACUGUAACAUGGAGUUCAUGCGAUCUUUUGUCGCCGACAUGGUGCAAAACGAUCCAGAGUCAAGACCGACCAUCGAGGAGGUCGCCUCUAGAUCUGAGAAGCUAUUCAGCCAGCUCGCGUCGUGGAAUCUGCGGGCUCGGCUGGUCCAGAGGGACGAGAACGUGCUCGUCCGGACUGUACUUGGAAUAAAACACAUCUUCCGGACGGCGCGAUAUCUCGUCAAGCGAUUGCCUGCCAUCCCGACUCCAACAUACUGA